AUGCUUGGUGUUUUACUAGUGAUAUGGUCUGGAUUGACCGCUGCUUUUGGUCUUUACCUCCAGUCGAAAUGCGCUCGUUAUUUGGAACGUGGUACCGCUUCUUUCUUCGCCCUGUCGCAAAUCACUUAUUCGCAAGCUUCCGUCGUAUUCGACGCUGCCAUCGCUAUCAAGUGCUUUGGCGUAGGUGUAUCAUACAUGAUUAUCAUUGGAGACUUGAUGCCUGGAGUGAUGCUGGGCUUCAGCAGGCGUGCCGACCACAUACCUUAUCUCGUCGACCGUCAUUUCUGGAUCACGGCUUUCAUGCUUCUGGUUAUUCCUCUCAGUUUUCUUCGAAGACUUGAUUCGCUCAAGUACACUAGUCUUGUUGCCUUGGUUUCGAUUGGGUACCUCAUUGUUUUGGUUAUAUACCACUUUGCUGUUGAUCCUCAUGCAGACCCUGGCAAUAUUCGAGUCGUCAAAUGGGCCGGUGCUGUGGAAACACUGAGUGCUUUGCCAAUUGUUGUCUUUGCCUAUACCUGUCAUCAAAAUAUGUUUUCUAUUGUAAAUGAAAUCAAGGACAACACCCCGUCGAGCGUGACCCGGGUAAUUGUUUCGAGUAUCGGCUCAGCCGCCAGCAUCUACAUUGUAGUCGCCAUUACUGGAUACAUCACAUUCGGUAAUGAUAUUGUCGGCAACAUCGUUUUAAUGUACCCCACUGGCGUCGCGUCGACUAUUGGCAAGACCGCGAUUGUCAUUUUGGUUUUAUUUUCCAUCCCCCUUCAAGUUCACCCUUGCCGUGCCUCGUUAGAUGCGGUUCUGAAAUGGCGACCAAGCCGCUCACAGUUGAGCAAUGGCCGCACAUCAUCAUCUGCCUCAACCGCAGCUACGGUACUUCGGGGCGACCAUAGCACCAUUCCCAUGUCCGACACGCGCUUUGCGCUCCUCACUACCCUUAUUUUAACGCUAGCAUACUUCACCGCCCUGUCAGUCAGCAGUCUGGAUCGCGUGCUUGCCUUCGUAGGAAGCACGGGCUCGACGUCCAUUAGUUUUAUCCUACCAGGCCUCUUCUAUUACAGGAUAAGCCACCCUGAAAGCUCCCAUCACCAGCGACUCAUGAAAGAAGACGACGAUAUGGAAGACUCGGCACCAUCAGAUAUUGAAGAUUCUGCGCCCCUGGUAGAAAGCGGCGCCAGGGCUCUGGGCGACAUGUCACAACCAUCAAACAGAAGCCCAUGGCGCUGGAGAAGAAAAUGGCGAUGGGACUUGGAGCAUCUCGACCACGGCUUGGUUAGGAAACUCGCCCUUGCCUUGUCCGUUUACGGCGUGGUGGUCAUGGUCGUGUGCUUGUUCAUGAACAUUUUUUUUGCAGCGUCUCAUUAG